GAAAAUGUCACCAGCUUUAUCAAGAAGAAUGUUAACAUCAGGUAUAUUGCGGUUGGAAACGAAGCUUUCUUGAAAACCUACAAUGGGAGUUUUCUUAACAGUACUCUUCCUGCUCUCCAAAAUGUCCAUUCUGCCCUCUUAAAAGCCGGUCUUACAAAUCAAGUAGCCCUUACAGUCCCCUUGAAUGCAGACAUUUAUGAUAGCCAGACAGGACUACCAUCUAAUGGCGAUUUCAAACCCGAAACCCGUUACUAUGUUCUUCAAAUAUUGAGGUUCUUGAGUGCUAAUAAUUACUCUUUUACUGUCAAUAUUUACCCAUUUCUAAGCGUUUAUAACGACCCCGAGUUCCCGCCUGACUAUGCAUUCUUCGACGGGAACCCGGAUCCUGUAAUCGACGACAACAAUAACGAUACAUCCUAUGAAAACAUGUUUGAUGCCAACUAUGAUACCCUUGUGUGGGCUUUACAAAAGAACGGGUUCGAGAGCAUGGAGAUCAUAGUUGGGGAAAUUGGUUGGCCAACAGACGGGAACAAAAAUGCAACUUCAAAAAAUGCGGAGAAGUUCAACCAAGGAUUCAUAGAUCAUGUAACAAGUGGGAAAGGCACUCCGAUGAGGCCUGGAUUACCCAUUAAUGCAUAUCUCUUCAGUUUGAUAGACGAAGACACCAAAAGCAUUGCUCCCGGGAAUUUCGAACGACAUUGGGGGAUUUUUUCCUAUGACGGGAGACCGAAAUAUAACCUCGCCACAAACACGGUCGUGUCUGCAGCAAACACGGGCGUGUCUGCAGCAAACACGGGUGUGCUAGCUCCCGUGGAGGGAGUGAAGUAUCAGGACAGGAAAUGGUGUAUCUUUGACCCGAAAGUCAAGAUUAAUGAUCAUCGAGUGGCUAAAAGCGUGAGUGAUGCUUGUGGCGGAGGCGACUGUACACGGCUGGGGUAUCAGACUUCUUGCGGGUUGUUGGACGUUCGGGGAAACAUCUCAUAUGCCUUCAACAGCUUUUACCAGGUUCAUAACCAAGAAGAUGAGGCAUGUAAGUUCUCGGGCAUUGGGGCAGUGACUCGGUCAGAUCCUCGUGAGAACGGGUGCAUAUUUGAAGUCAUGAUCGAGCCGUACUAUGGAGGCGCUGAACGAGCUGCAUUGAAGGGUUUAUCCCUGAAGACGUGUGGUUUAAUUUUAGUGUUAUUUCUCUCCACAAUGUCUAUUUUGUAAACUCCGCAUAUCAUUAAGUGGGGUAAUUAUUAAGUUGUCUACAUCAGAAUAUUGUGCUGGUUUCAAGUUGUGUUUUGUGAAUUGUGACAACAACCAGUAAAGAAU